CUCGCACCAUCCCCGUCCCCACCCCCCGCCUCCAGUUCCAGACCCACUGCAGCCCGAGCUGGGGGAGCGGAGCGCGGUGGGGAGGGGAGCGAGGCAGGCGACCCAGGGGACAGCGGAGCUGUGGUCUCUCCCCACCAGGAGGCCUCGGAUCCCACCGGACACUCCGCGGGCACGCCGACCGCUCCUCCAGAGUCACCCACGCCGACCCCUCCCCUCUUUGGACUUCUUUCCCUUCCUUCUUGUCUUUACCCUCCCCACCCUCCCCUGGGUUGCGGACCGCCGCCCUCUCCUCACUCCCCGACCAGCCCUUCUCGGCGCCCUUCUUCCCUAGAGAUGCGAUGAGCCUGUGCCCCGGCGUCCUCAUCGCCGUCCCGGGCACGGUGCCCGUCCAGUGCCCGUGCUGGGGAGGGAGUACUCCGCGGCCCCCCCGUGACGCCCCUCCCUUGGGGGCCCCCCCAGCUGGAGUCCCUGGGCCAUGCCCCAGGAGACCCAGCCAGGGGGUGGGCUCUAGAGCGAGGCGGGUGGAGAGGAGGAAGGACGGGGCCUUGGGCGCCUCUGAGAUGCUCCCAAGCGCCAGGAGGGGCCGAGCGAGGCUCAGGCAACCGGGCGGCAGGCAUGAUGCCCUCGCCUAGUGACUCCAGCCGCUCGCUUACCAGCCGGCCCAGCACCCGGGGCCUUACCCACCUCCGCCUCCACCGACCCUGGCUGCAGGCCCUGCUCACGCUGGGGCUGGCCCAGGUGCUCCUGGGCAUCCUGGUGGUCACCUUCAGCAUGGUGGCCUCCUCCGUUACCACCACCGAGAGCAUCAAGAGGUCCUGCCCAUCUUGGGCUGGAUUCUCGCUGGCGUUCUCCGGGGUGGUUGGCAUUGUGUCCUGGAAGCGGCCAUUCACUCUAGUGAUCUCUUUCUUCUCGUUGCUUUCGGUGCUGUGUGUCAUGCUCAGCAUGGCUGGCUCUGUUCUGUCCUGUAAGAAUGCCCAGCUGGCCCGAGACUUCCGGGACUGUACCUUGGAAGGAAAGGAGUGUGUGUGCUGCCCCUCCGUUACCCUCCUCCGGCCCUGUAAGGGCUCAGGGCAGGAGCUGAAAGUUUCCCCUAACUCCACUUGUGAUGAAGCCCGAGCGGCCCUCAAGAACCUGCUUUUCAGCGUCUGUGGGCUCACCAUUUGUGCCGCCAUAAUCUGUACCCUCUCAGCUAUUGUCUGCUGCAUCCAAAUCUUCUCCCUGGACCUCGUGCACACGCUGGCCCCUGAGCGCUCCGUCUCAGGCCCCCUGGGGCCUCUGGGCUGUACAUCCUCGCCCCCAGCCCCUCUUCUGCACACCAUGCUGGACUUGGAGGAAUUCGUACCGCCUGUGCCCCCACCUCCCUAUUAUCCCCCCGAGUACACCUGCAGCUCAGAAACAGACGCACAGAGCAUCACCUACAACGGCUCCAUGGACAGUCCAGUGCCCUUGUACCCUACUGAUUGCCCCCCUUCUUAUGAGGCCGUCAUGGGGCUACGAGGAGACAGCCAGGCCACUCUGUUUGACCCUCAGCUUCAUGAUGGCUCCUGCAUCUGCGAGCGAGUGGCCUCCAUUGUAGAUGUGUCCAUGGACAGCGGAUCUCUGGUGCUGUCAGCCAUCGGCGACCUCCCGGGGGGCUCCAGCCCGUCCGAGGACUCCUGCCUGCUGGAGCUGCAGGGCUCCGUGCGCUCCGUGGACUACGUGCUCUUCCGUUCCAUUCAGCGCAGCCGCGCCGGCUACUGUCUCAGCCUGGACUGCGGCCUGCGCGGCCCCUUUGAGGACAGCCCGCUGCCCCGACGGCCCCCGCGGGCUGCCCGCUCCUAUUCCUGCUCUGCGCCGGAGGCCCCACCCCCCCUGGGUGCCCCUACAGCCGCCCGCAGCUGUCACCGGCUGGAGGGCUGGCCGCCCUGGGUGGGACCCUGCUUCCCGGAGCUGAGGCGGCGGGUCCCCCGCGGAGGCAGCCGGCCAGCUGCAGCCCCUCCCACCCGAGCCCCCACGCGCCGCUUCAGCGAUAGCUCAGGUUCCCUCACCCCUCCGGGGCACCGGCCUCCUCAUCCGGCUCCCCAGCCACCGCUGCUGCUGCCGCGGUCCCACAGUGACCCAGGCAUCACCACCUCCAGCGACACCGCUGACUUCAGGGACCUUUAUACCAAAGUGCUUGAGGAAGAAGUUGCUUCUGUUUCUUCUACAGAUACAGGCCUCUGCUCUGAAGCCUGCCUCUUCCGUCUAGCCCGAUGCCCUUCCCCCAAGCUGCUGCGUGCCCAUUCAGCCGAGAAACGGCGCCCUGUGCCCACCUUACAGAAGGUCCCCCUGCCCUCGGGCCCUGCACCUGCCCACUCCCUGGGGGACCUGAAGGGCAGCUGGCCAGGCCGGGGUCUGGUCACUCGUUUCCUGCAGAUGUCCAGGAAGGCCCCAGAGCCCAGUGGGAAUGGAGCCCAUGGGCAUAAGCAGGUACCCCGGAGCCCGUGGGGCCGGCCGGGCCGAGAAAGCCUCCACCUUCGGAGCUGUGGCGAUCUAAGCUCCGGCUCCUCCCUGCGGCGCCUCCUGUCAGGCCGCCGGCUGGAGCGUGGUACCCGACCCCACAGCCUCAGCCUCAAUGGGGGCAGCCGGGAGACUGGGCUGUGACCUGCGCUUGUUGCCACACUGAACAGAUGAAUACCGGGGCCACAGGCACCAGCUGGUUGGGACCAGCAGCCCCCAGCGUUCCCUCGCACUGGCUGGCACAAAAGAAAUCCGCUGAACACCCCCCAAAAGAAUCCCUUUCCCUCCUACCUCUGGGGGCUCCUGCUGCUUGCCUCUGCUCGUCUGGCCCGGGAGAGCUUCUGUCCUGUGCUGCAUGGGUGUUCAGGCUGUGAGGGAGAUGCCCCAGCUUACAGCACUGGAGGAGGAAAAGUCCUGACCCCCCAGCACGAGAGUAGCUCUCUGUGAUUUGCCAGGGGAACUAUGGCUGGGGUAAGGCGUGUCCCGGGUAUGGAAGCAUAGGGGGCUGUGUGCCUGUACAAUUGAGUGGUGAGGCAUGAAGAGUCAUAAAAACCUAGCUGGCCUCUCAGCACCGCCACCUCUAGCUGCAUGACCUUGGGCAAGUUAUUUAACCUCCGUUGCCUGACCUGUAAAAAAUUGUGAGGACAAAUGUUUCUAAAGCUCCUCACACACUAAGUAAGCCUCAAUAAAUUUCAGUUUUCCCCUUCUCUUCUGGAUCA